CGCUCCGGCAGGGGAGGGGCGAGCAGACACGUCCUGCCUCGCCGAAGCGCUCCGCAGCCGGCGGGGCGCAGACGGGCUGGGACGGGUCAGCGCGGGCGCGCGGGGUGAGCGGGCAGCGGUCCGGCGCGCGCAGGGCAUCCCCACGCCGAGGCGCGGGACGUGACUCAGGGAACACUCUUGAGCUUUGUCAUGGGAGCUGUAGUAGCUGAUGAUGGUCCAUCUGGUGUUAAAGCCCCUGAUGGAGGCUGGGGCUGGGCUGUCCUUUUUGGCUGUUUUAUCAUCACAGGAUUCUCCUAUGCCUUUCCUAAGGCAGUUAGUGUUUUCUUCAAAGAACUUAUCCGUGAAUUUGGUAUUGGAUAUAGUGACACUGCAUGGAUUUCCUCCAUUUUGUUGGCCAUGCUUUAUGGAACAGGUCCACUCUGUAGUGUAUGUGUCAAUCGCUUUGGCUGUCGCCCUGUCAUGCUGGUGGGUGGCCUUUUUGCAUCAAUGGGAAUGGUGAUAGCCUCCUUCUGCACAAGCAUCGUUCAGAUCUACCUAACUGCAGGUGUGAUUACUGGUUUGGGUCUGGCACUCAACUUUCAGCCUUCACUCAUCAUGUUAAACCGUUACUUUGAUAAACGCCGGCCCUUAGCCAAUGGGCUGUCUGCUGCUGGGAGCCCAGUGUUUCUUUGUGCCCUUUCACCAUUGGGGCAGAUACUUCAACAUGAGUAUGGUUGGAGAGGAGGAUUCCUUAUACUGGGUGGGAUGCUGCUCAACUGUUGUGUGUGUGGAGCACUAAUGAGACCUUUGGAGCCACCCAAAAAGCCUGACGCUACCAAAGAACCUGCUGAGAAGAAAGCAAAGAAAAAACUUCUGGAUUUCAGUGUAUUUAAAGAUGGUGGCUUUGUAAUCUACACGCUAGCAGCAUCUAUCAUGGUGCUUGGACUCUUUGUUCCCCCAGUUUUUGUUGUGAGUUAUGCCAAGGAUUUAGGGUAUCAGGACACCAAAGCAGCAUUUCUUCUGACUAUUCUGGGAUUCAUUGAUAUUUUUGCUCGGCCUAUUUGUGGAAUGGUAGCUGGUCUCAAGUGGGUUAGACCACGCUGUGUCUACCUCUUCAGUUUUGCUAUGAUUUUUAAUGGCUUUACAGAUCUCAUGGGUUCUAUGUCUGUUGAUUAUAGUGGCCUGGUGGUCUUUUGCAUUUUCUUUGGCAUUUCUUAUGGAAUGGUAGGUGCUCUUCAAUUUGAAGUUCUCAUGGCUAUUGUUGGUACCCAGAAGUUUUCCAGUGCUAUUGGUUUAGUGCUCCUGGCAGAAGCUAUGGCUGUUCUAAUUGGCCCACCGUCAGCAGGAAAACUCUUGGAUGUAACACAGAGGUACAUGUUUGUUUUUAUUAUUGCUGGAAUUGAAGUUACCACCUCAGCACUUGUAUUGGCCUUGGGAAAUUUCUUCUGCAUUAAGAAAAAAUCAGAAGAACCACAUACAAAAGAAGCAGCAGCAGAAAGAGAGGAACUAAACAAAUCUGAAGACAAAACUCCUGAAGAUGCCAAGGUGGACUCUAUUGAAGUGGAACAGUUUCUAAAAGAUGAGCCUGAAAAAAAUGGCGAAGUUGUAACUAACCCAGAAACCUGUGUGUGAGUGUGGCAGAAAACUGACAAAGUCUUUAGAAGAGAGUCAAAAAUUUUCAACGCUAUUUAUUUUAGAAAUAGAACUAGUUUAUAGGGCUGGGCCAUCUGCUUUAUUAACUGGAGGACAGUCAGCUGAUGAAGUCUCUCUGAAAGCUGAUUUAUUAGACAAACUGUUAUCAGAAAAUUAGCUUUAUCGGUAAAAGGUGAAACAGUGUGGUUAUACUUUUUAUGUAAACUAAAAAGCUUUUAUAAACACAAGUAGAAUCUUGCUAUGCAUCACCAGAAACUGUUCACUUGUAAGAGAUGUAGGAAGAAUAUAUCUUUAAAAAAGUGGCACUAUAUGUAUGCUUUCAGACAAUAUGGAUGAAAUUGCUGUGUUGUGCAGCUAAAUGUAACUUCCCUUGCUGUGUUCUUUGUGAAGGAAAAAGAGUUUGAGAUGGAGAAAAAUCUCAGGAACUUAAACGGUCUCCGUUAGGUCUUUGAAUUUCUUACUUUUUUAGAUUUUCAGAUUAAUUGGCUCAGCCCUAAUAUAAUUUUGAUAUGUUACUUUGAUUUAUUCCAACGUAUUUCUAUGAGUUUUGUCUAAACACGUAACCUUUGUAAUUAUCAUCUGGAAACACUGUACACAGAAAGGCACAUUGCUGAAUACUGUCUUCAGCAGAUUACACAAGUGAUAUUCCUAGGUAAUGCUGAAAGAAAAAUAAAAUGAGCAGAUUCAAUACCAACAGACAAUAAGCAAAGUUAACCUCCAUUCACAUACAGUUUUCAGUGCAGUUUCCCUGUAACAUUUGAAAAUAUUACAAGUAAUAUCCAGAAGAUGGAAAUUAGGUUUUCUAGAAUCUUCUGAAAGAGUAUCCAUUUUGUAUAUAAAAGAAACAUUUUAAGUGUCCAGAUCACAUAUAAUGAGAUAGAUGUAUGUUUGUUAACUGAGGGAAAAGGUUGAGACUACUUUGAAACAUGUCAGCUGUCUUUGAAAUGCAAUGUUAGCAACAUAGGAAGGACUUAACAUACUGUUUUUUUUGUUUGUUUGUUUUUACAUUUUUAUUAUUUUAUUUUUACCCCACUUCCCUAUCCUUUUGCUUAACCUGUAGAAGUUCAGGGUGCCAUUCUUGUUGUUUGAGGAAACAUCGUGGAACUGUUGAUCACAUUUAUAACAGCACUGCAUAGGAGCCCAUCAAGAAUGGGGUCUGCUCUACUACUUGUUCAUUGCACAAACAGCACAGGGAGCCUGUACAGUCCUUAAAACUCUAACGUGGGAUGAAGAGGAAACAGAAAGAGAUCAGACAAGGCAGUGACAGCAGAUUUGAAAGAGAAAAGAUUAAUUGUGAAGACUUUGGAUUGAGAAGAAAGGUAAAAGGAAGGCAUUCUACAUUUUCCACUUUUUUUUCCAAGCAAAUACAUAGAAGAAAUAUAAUCUUCUCUACAAAAUCAUGCUACUUCAACCCAACUUUCAGAUAUGUUUAUAAAAAGCUCUGUAGGAUUUGUGACUGCAGUAACAAUCUUCAAAACAGGCUUACUUGUAAUGGAUUCAAUUUUUCUUGGUAGCAGGAACAAUGGCUUUGACGUUCCACAUCUCUUAUUAAUUAAAAUAUGUAAGACACUAAUCCCUAAACCUCUGUAUCCCUGCAUAACAAAGUAACAUCAUUAGUUGUCUCAUACUUUAUCAUUUUAGCAGAAACAAAGUAAAACUAAGGAAGGCCCAAAACCAUGAACCAUUCCCUAAUUUAUUUUGCAUACCAGCUUCUACUCUGGUAAUUUUUUCAAAAUGGUUUUGCAUUGUUAGGACAAAUUUGCACAGAAAUUGAAAUCUUAGGAUCAUGUUCUCCCCCCCCCCCCCCCCCCCCCCUUUGGAUUGUUCUUAAAUGGAAAUGGAUGCUGUACUAAACUAAAAGGUUUAUAUUGCAUAUAGUACAUUAAAACUUUUUUUUUUUUUUAAUUUCCUAUUUAUCAGCAGAAAUUGCAUUGGCAUGUCCAAGUUACCAGAAUUUAGUCAUAUAACUUAGCUCCAGUUUGCCAAAGAUUAAAUCAGCGCUUGGAAUACUACUCUGCUAGCCCCAGAAGGUCACCAUGUCAAAGGGCAAGAGGAAAAUGGAAACCACAGAGGCUGUUUCAGAUGAUAAAAUAAGGCCCAAUACAGCUUGCGGAUUGAAGUUUUGCAUUCCAUUUCAAAAAGUAAAAACUAGAAACCUUCCAAAUGUGAAUGCAGAUUCUGAAAUAGUCAUUUUUGUCCUAUUAUGGGUUUUGAUCACCAAAUUUCUUUGCUAUACUGUUAUCAUGGAACUAGUUGUUUCUGUGACCUUAGGGUUUGGUACAAUUUUAAAUACAUUCUGCAGGAAUUGGGACUUGACGAUCCUUGUAGUCCCUUCCAAAUCAGGAUAUUCUGUGAUUCUAAAUUGUUCUAAAUUCAGAUGUUGUGAUUCUAAAUUCAGAUUUUAACUUCUAUAAAAUUUUGGCUUAUAC